UCCUUUGUGCAUUUUCUAGUAUUUUGUAUGGAAUAUUUAGGUGCUUGUGUCAUUACCUUGUGAUUGGGUUCCAUAACACUUCACCUCUGACAAGUCCUGUUGUAGCCAUUGAGAAUUUACUUGGAUACAGAAAUGUUGGCUUUAACUUUGAAAUCAUAUUUUUGUGAUAGUGCAGCACUGUCCUGAGACAUCAAGGCAUCUUCAGAGGUGAUGUAGGCUGAGGUGAAAGGGAUCAUAUGUUAGUGCAGUGACACUGUUCCUCCUUCCCUCGCUGCUUAGGUGUGCCUAUACAGUGUCUUUCUCUGUAAAAGAUACUAAUAUUUAGAAAGUUUCCAGAUCAGGACUCUGUUCAAUUUUCUCAACUACAUAUGUAGGUGUUUUAUAAAGAAAAAGUGAAGCAGUACUUAUAAACCACACAAAUUGAUCAGAGCUUUGUGAAGUACCUUGAACUCUUCUCUUAGCUCCACUGUUAGAUUUUGAAUUAAUUUUUCUCUAAUUUUUUCUCUACCACCUGUUCCUAGGUGGUAGAAUGAGAUAGUAUGUGGGCUACCAGUACUACAGAAAUUGAUUUGAACUUAAACAAAUGAGAGAAUGGAAAAAUAUUUGUUGUGCCAACAUGUGCAAAAAACCAUUUAUUGUGCCUUCUUACAGUGGUUGAGGGAAAAAUGACUGAUAUCAACCUGGAUGUCUGCAAAACAUUUGGCACUGUCCUACAUGACAUCCUUGUCUCUGAACUGGAGAGACUUGGAGCUGAUGGGUGGACCACUUGGUGGAUUAGGAAUUGGCUGGAUGACUGCACUGUGUCCAGUAAAUAUAGCCCUUGCCCUAGCAGCAAAUGAUUCGGCGAAGGAAGUUGGUUUGCUUGAUGCAGACAUAUAUGGACCUUCAAUUCCGAAGAUGAUGAACUUAAAAGGAAACCCAGAGUUAACACCAAAAAAUCUAAUGAGGCCCCUUAAGAACUAUGGAAUCGCAUGCAUGUCUAUGGGUUUCUUGAUAGAAGAGACUGCCCCAGUUGUGUGGAGAGGGCUCAUGGUAAUGUCAGCUGUUGAAAAAUUGUUGAGACAGGUUGACUGGGGUCAGCUGGACUAUUUAGUGAUUGACAUGCCACCUGGGACUGGAGAUGUACAACUGUCAGUAUCACAGAAUAUUCCAAUUGCAGGAGCUGUGAUUGUCUCCACUCCACAAGACGUGGCUUUAUUGGAUGCACGCAAAGGAGCUGAAAUGUUCAGAAAAGUCCAUGUACCUGUUUUAGGACUAGUUCAAAAUAUGAGUGUUUUCCAAUGCCCCAAAUGUAAGCAUGAGACGCAUAUUUUUGGAACUGAUGGUGUAAAAGAUCUGGCAAAAACCCUUGGAUUGGAUGUUUUGGGUGACGUUCCACUGCACAUCAAUAUACGGGAGACAUGUGAUUCAGGACAGCCUGUUGUGAUCUCUCAGCCUCAAAGUGAUGCUGCUAAAGCCUAUCAUGAGAUAGCUAUGGAAAUAUUAAGAAGACUACCAGUACCUCCUGCUUGAAGCAUUUGCCACUAAAAUUCAGCAAAAAAGUGAUUUUUGAGGCCGCAGUGCAGAAGAGUCCUGUUACUUAAAUACAUGGAGGCCAUAUGUUAGUUCUAAGAACUUCUUUAGGAAUUAAUUUACCAGAGGUUAAAUUAUGAUUGUGAUAAUUACUGUUUUUCACAUCGUUGGCCAUGUCCAAAAGGAUUCAAGUAUGCAAAUGAUGAUAGACAAUACUUAACUGCUGAAUUGUAACAUCAUCAAGCAAGAAGGGAAGAAGUGUAUUUUUUUCUGUGUGCCCUAUUUUGAAGUCAAGAAUGUAAAACAGCCUCUCCAUGCAAGGAGAAUGAUGGUAUGCCAAGACAUAAAUUUAAUUUUUAAGCAGGAUUUCAAUACUCUAAUUUCCUUCAGUUUUUGUUCAGAUUUUUACAUGGUUGGCUAUCAAACUGACCUUAAGUUCUGCAAGAUUUUAAAAUCAGUUCUGUAACUGCUGUACUUUUCUGUGUUCAUCUUAAAAGAAGAUUAAACAAAACCACAUAUACUCUGAAGAGUUCUUGUAAUGGAUGAUGAACAAAUUCAUUCAUUAUUGGAUAAAGUUCGAUAGUGAGGCAUUUCAAGUUCAGUGGAGAAUGGAUUACGUGACCCUGAGGCUUAUUUCUCUACUGUUUUACAUUAUAAUGAACCCAGACAGAAGACAAGGUAACAGAGGUCUUCACUGAAAACCAGAUGUUUUUCCUGAGCUCAGUUUGCCACGGAAUGCAAAUGAUCAAGAUAAAUUAAAUUUAUGAUUGCAUAUUCCUCCUACAGCGCAGCAACUUGGAAUUUGAAUAUAAAGAUGUAUUUUUGAAGUAAAGAAAUAUUUGGUCUUCAAA